AUGAACCCCUCUUCCCACAUGUUUCUCCACCUCCCCAACCCGGACCGUGACCUUCGUCUUUGCCUGCUUCACGACAAGCUGCACCCCCUACCAUGCAUCCGUCAUUCCUUGUGCCGCCUACGCCCCUCCUGCUAUUCCACCAACACCCUGUUUACUCGAGCCUUCGCCACUCCUGCAGCUGCUCACCUCUACUACCCUCAUCUCCUCCUCUUCCUUCACUCUCCUGGUCACCUACACCGAUCUCUCGGUAAGUGGUUCGCUUUCUGGAAUACUCACACCUCCCAAUCACCAGACUCGACACUUGUAGUCAUCGCGCACACACUCCACCCUCCCCUCCCCCCGCCACACAUACACACACACGCCAAGAUGCCCGCUUGCCUCCCCUACUACACCGGCGCGAUGUCCUUCACGCUCCUCCACUUCCUCGCCUGGGCAUUCGCCUUUGUCGCCACGCCUACCGCGCAGUUCCAGACGCCCGGCCACGGCUGCUACACCAUGUGGGGCUACCGCACGUUCUGCGGCAACGUGCCGUACGACCUGACCGGUGACGCCGCCUUCGGCUGUGCGCGCCGCACCUCCACGAUGCGCUGCGGUGCUGCCUUUGGUGUCAUGGCGUCCGGGUGCGGCUUUGCCGCCCUCGUGUUCGCCGUCCUGCUCAACACGCAGAUCCAGCUCCCCGUCAUCAUCUCCUUCGUGCUCGCCGCCGUCUGCAUCCCGUUCACCAUGAUCUCCUGGGCCUGCGUGGCCAGCGUCUACAACAUGGUCAUGUGCGGCGACCGCUUCGGCAGCAAGUACCCCUACACCGCGGGCUUUGUGCUGAUGGUCGCGUCCUGGGGCCUGGAAAUUAUCGCUGUGUCCAUACUCGCCUGCACGAACUGGACGCGCCCGCCGAGGGAGGAGGUCGACAUCGCCGUCUCCAAGGACUAG